CAGCCAUUCGCAGCAUGUCCGGGCCCUCCUCACAAGAGUCGAAGGUCCAGGCGGUGGAAAGCACGCAAUUCAACCACUCUCACCCUGAGGAGGAGAAAAAGCUAUCUUUCUUGGACAAAUUCCUUUCUGGAUGGAUCAUCCUAGCUGCUGGUGUGGGACUGGCGCUUGGACAGGCUCCUGCCAUCAUCAAGGCGAUCAAAGCAUCGAGCGUAGGGACCACCAAUAUUCCUAUAGCCAUCGGAUUAAUCCUCAUGAUAUUUCCUCCUCUGGCUAAGGUUCGCUGGAACAAGAUGCGCGACGUCUUUGCCGAUACUCAUUUGGUCCUCUUGACCCUGUUCCUGAACUGGGUAGUGGGGCCGUUCUUGAUGUAUUUUUUGGCCGUCGCAUUCUUCCACGAAGGAAGGUACGCCUCCUUCAUGUCGGGCCUCUCCCUUGUGGGUUGCGCCCGUUGUAUCGCCAUGGUGAUCGUGUGGGUGGAGCUGGCUAGGGGCGAUCGCGAGUAUUGCGCGGCCAUCGUUGCCCUCAACAGCAUCAUCACCAUCUUUCUCUAUUCCCCGUACGCGGUGCUUUUCCUUAUCACGUUGCCCACGGCCAUGCUGGGCUCGGCGGGCACGAGUGCCGUGGACGUGACCAUGGGGGACAUUGCCAUCUCUGUGGGAAUCUACCUGGGCAUUCCACUCGCUGCAGGGGUUCUCUGCUGGCUUCUCCUUACCAAGCUCAAAGGUAAGGAGUGGUACUACACGUCCUUCGCUCCUCGCAUCGGUCCUCUGACGCUGGCCGCUCUUCUCUUCACCAUCGUGGUGCUCUUCGCCACCCAGUCCAAGAGCAUCUUGAGCCAGAUUGGUCGCGUCCUCUACGCCGCUGUCCCCCUCGCCAUCUACUUCUUGAGCAUGUUCCUUGGCAGCUUCUACCUAUCUUUUCUGGCCAAUGCUACCUACGCUCAAGCUACUACCUUGGCUUUCACGGCUGCAUCGAAUAAUUUUGAGCUUGCCCUGGCGGUGGCUGUGGGCACUUUUGGACUGAACUCUGGAGAGGCGCUCAUGAGUGUGGUAGGGGCCUUGAUCGAGAUCCCGACCAUGCUGUCCUUGGUGAAGAUGGCAGAGUAUUUCAAAAGAGCGUGGUACCAGGGGCAGGAAACCACCGUCCCGAGCAAGCUGUCGAGGAACGGAGUAAAAGGAGCGGAGGGAAGUGUUCAGGGGGGGGAGCCAGUGGAGGGCAUCAAGAGCGUGGAGAUGCAUGUUUAACUCAUGAACAGCUGUCACGUCGUGCAAAGAAUGAACAUAAAGCAAUCAGAGUCGUCGAAAUAUUUUUGCGGGCACCAACACGAUAUAUGUGACAAGACCAGCCUGUUUCGAGUAAACCGUUUGGUGUGGAAAUAUAGUGAACAAUUUGGUUUCGAUCGCCUGAAAAAGCUCACGAGGAAGCCUUUCGAGUCUCCUUUGAGGUAUAGCAGGUGAAGGUUGAGGUCAUGAUACAAGCAUUUGACUGAAUUGAUCUACAAGCCCUCGUUCUAAAGCAAUAAUUGUGUUUUCUCAGAAGUCAGAAAUAAUCAUGGUUGA